UUUCGAGUGACUUUUCCAAACAAAACACACGAUGUUGUUUCUACUCUUUGUAGCCCUUGUUAUCAUCAUUAUUCUCAGUUUCCUUCUUCCUAAAGCCAAAAGGAAUGGAAAAAACAUUCUACCACCAGGCCCUUUAGGGUUGCCAUUCAUUGGAAAUUUGCAUCAAUUUGAUGGUUUAACCCCUCAUCUCUACUUUUGGAAACUUUCUAAGAAAUAUGGAAAAAUAUUCUCUUUAAAACUUGGUUCUUCUACUAUGAUUGUAGUUUCUUCAGCAAAUCUAGCAAAAGAGGUAACACACAUACAAGAUUUAGCCUUUUGUAGUAGACCUUCAAUUCUUGGCCAGCAAAAAUUGUCUUACAAUGGUCAAGAUAUUGGCGUGUCACCUUACAAUGACUAUUGGAGAGAACUUCGAAAAAUAUGCGUUGUUCAUUUAUUUAGUCUCAAGAAAGUGCAAUAUUUUAGUCCAAUUCGUGAAGAUGAAGUAUCAAGAAUGAUCAAGAAAAUAUCUCAACAAGCUGCCACUUCACAAAUUACAAAUUUGAGCAAUAUAGUGAUCUCGCUAACAACUACAAUCAUUUGUAGAAUUGCUUUUGGUAUUAGGUAUGAUGAAGAAACACGUGAAGGGAAAAAAUUUAAUGAAAUUUUAAAAGUGACAGAAGAAAUGUUGGCAGGCUUUUUUGUCUCUGACUUUUUUCCCCUCUUAGGAUGGAUUGAUAAACUCUCCGGAAAAAUAAAUAGACUUGAGAAGAAUUUUAAGGAGUUGGAUGAGUUUAAUGAAGAACUCAUUGAGCAACAUCUCAAUCCCAAUAGGCCAAAAUCCAUGGAAGGAGAUAUUAUUGAUCUUCUGCUCCAAUUGAAGAAAGAAAAAUCAACUCCAAUCGAUCUUACUUUGGACAACAUAAAGGCUAUUAUCAUGGAUAUGCUAGUUGGUGGAACGGACACAAGUGCAGUUGCAGUAAUUUGGGCAAUGACAGCCUUGAUAGCCAAACCAAAUGCUAUGAAGAAAGUUCAAUCAGAAAUUCGAGAAAUGGUCGGUAAAAAGUCCAUAGUUAAUGAAGAUGAUAUCCGAAAUCUUCCAUAUUUUAAAGCAGUGAUAAAAGAAACAUUUAGAUUGUAUCCACCAGCUCCAUUGUUAAUAGCAAGAGAGACGAUGCAAAAUUCCAUACUAGAAGGAUAUGAAAUUAAACCAAAAACUAUAAUUCAUGUUAAUGUUUGGGCUAUUGCAAGAGAUCCUGAAAUAUGGGAAAAUCCAGAAGAAUUUAUACCUGAGAGGUUUCUGAAUAGUGAUAUUGAUUUUAAGGGCCAAAAUUUUGAGCUGAUUCCAUUUGGAGCAGGCAGAAGAGGGUGCCCGGCUAUGGCACUCGGUGUGGCAACUGUGGAACUUGUACUUUCCAAUCUUCUUUACGCUUUUGAUUGGGAGUUGCCUUGUGGAAUGAACAUUGAAGACAUUGAUACUGAUGUUUUGCCUGGACUUGCUGUGCAUAAGAAAGAACCUUUGUGCCUUGUUCCUAGAAAAUAUCUUCAAAAGUUAAACUAGACCAAACUCCAAUGUUUAAAUUAGUUAAAUAUGUAUGUAUGCUUUCGUUAAUUAUCCAUGUUUAAUAUGGU